GUGACCUUAAUCCAUAUAAAUAUCAUUAUAGCCUUUAGCAUGUCCCUCGUGGGCCUACUGAUGUAUCGAUCCCAUCUAAUGUCCGCACUACUCUGCCUAGAAGGUAUAAUAUUAUCACUUUUCGUCCUAGCAGCCCUUACAAUUCUAAACUCCCACUUUACCUUGGCCAACAUAAUACCCAUUAUCCUCCUAGUAUUCGCAGCCUGUGAAGCAGCUAUCGGAUUAGCCCUAUUAGUCACAAUCUCCAACACAUAUGGCACCGACUACGUACAAAACCUCAACCUCCUCCAAUGCUAA